UAGUUAAUUAAGACACACAUGGAUGCUUGGAGUAACUGAUAUUCUAUUUUCUGCUUUAGGAAAGUCAUGAAAUACAAGCAAAGGCUCGUUUUAUUUCUAAUUGUAUUAGUAUGUCUCGUAUUCCUUUCUCUUACAUUCUCCUUCAAUACGGAACCAGAAGAGCCCACACAGAACACAGUCAAAUCAAAUCAACGAAGCCUACACGCGAGUGAGCCAGAGGAUCACGUGACGCCAGGACCCACUACCCCUCCCCCUCCUAUUGACUACACUAGACCGUGGAAGAUAUGGUCCAAUUGGGUGAGAGAGGACGUCCUUUAUCCUAACGGCGUUUUACAUUCGACUGAAAUGGAUUUGAUAUUAUAUGGUUUAUCGUCUUAUCCUGUCACGAAACUGGACGUGGGCUAUAAAGGGACACAACUAAAGGCCUCAAUGUAUCUUGAGGGAGGACAGAGGACCGUAUUCAAACCAAUGAGGUUCUCGCGUGAUGCUAUAGUUGACGGACCGGACGACCCCUGCAAGGGCCAGGACAGGCACAAUGGAGAAAUAGCCUCUUUCCAUCUUGAGAGUAUUUUAGGGUAUAGGCUGGCUCCACCUGUUGCCGGUAGAAAGAUUAAUCUUACAGCACUCCUUCCUGUGACUAGUAAAGCACUUUAUGACACUUACCUCACUGAAGACGGCAAUACUUGUUUCUAUGGUAAGUGUCUUUAUUGCAAGCCGUCAGAGAAGGCGUGUGGCAAAGGUGACAUAAUGGAAGGCUCUGUCACAAUAUGGCUGCCUGAUUGGUACCAAAUGAAGACUUACAGACAUCCUUACCAGCGAACAUACAUACCUGACGUGAAAGCAAAGUGGGAAGUAGAUGAUGAUUAUUGUCGCACUCGCCUCCUGACUCCAAACAGCUAUUAUUAUAACAUUCUUCCUGAUGUUUUUGAUACCAUGGUCCUGGAUUUCCUAGUUGGUAAUGCAGACAGGCACCAUUUUGAGACGUACGCUCUACACGGACUAAAGGAAGGGCGCCUCAUGCAUAUUGACAAUGGGAAAAGUUUUGGUAAUCCUAAUCAUGAUGAGAUGUCAAUUUUAACUCCUUUGAAGCAAUGUUGCAAAUUAAAAAACUCUACUUGGGAGAAACUCCGUCAUUUGAAGACCCAGGGUCUCUCGCAGUUACUAGAUAAAUCCCUCAAGAGGGAUCCAUUAUAUCCUGUAUUGACCCAGGCGCAUCUUUUGGCCAUUGACCGUAGACUGGAUGUGUUUAUAGGCGAAGUACUGAAGUGUAUUCAGCAAUAUGGUCGCUCUAACGUUCUCUUUGAUAAGUGGCCACAGUUUUAGAAUUAACAUUGUUUUAUUUUUUACUUUUUUAUUUAUUAUAUAUAUAUCACUUUAUGAGGAGCAAAAACUUGCACAAAUUAAAUGUAAAAUUAUUUAUAUUAUGGUGGCAGUUAUAAAUCUGCAGUUC